ACAAACGAUUUAACUCAGUUCUAGUAGAAUAUUAUUGAAUGAUAUUAAAAAUUUUUUAGUUAAAAAUGAAUGCGGAUCUAAUUACAUGCCAAACUUGCUUAAGCCGCGACCGUCACUUAUAUCCUUUAAAAAAAUUUGAACUUUGGCUGAACGACAUGAAUAUUCCCAUCAAUAUUUUCGAUAACAAUGGCGGUGUGUGCUGGGAAUGCAAAGCUUUAAUUAGGAAGUUUGCUAAGUUUAAGUUACAAGUUUUAAAAGCGCAGAAGCUAUUAACAUCUAAUAAAACGAAUAAAAUUUUAAGUACCCUACGAAGCGACACAAAAUGUUUAUUUGACUAUAUUUAUAAUUAUGAUACAGAUAACAUUGAUUCUGAUAUAGAAAUAAAAAUAAAAUCCAUGAAAGAAGAAGAUCUAGAAAAUUCGGAUAAUAAUAACAGUAAUAUUGAGUCGGUAGACGAAAAAGACUAUAAAGAAUUAAAAUACAAAGGAAAUGAUAAUUGUGAGGAAACUAAUUAUGAUAAUAUUAAUUUAAUAAGUCCAGAUAUAUCACAAAAUAAAAGUAACAAAAAAAAAUCUAAUCACAAAUCAAUGAAACAAUUGUCAAUAGAAAGUAAAAGAAUAGAACAGAAAAUUGAAACGAUAACAUUCACAGAGGAAGAAAUGAUGAAAAAUAGAGAACAUAAGAGAAGUCAGCCGAAUUUCAAGAAGAUACCGUACAAAUGUGAUUCGUGCGUACUCGGUUUUACAAGGAAGGAAACUUAUUUAUUACAUAACGAGAAAAAACAUGAUGAGUCUAUAGGACCCCACACGUGCAAUGUUUGUUCAGUACGUUUUUCGACCACAACUUCGCUCCUAAGUCACCGUCAAAGACAUUACACCUUAUAUAAGUGUGUGUUGUGUAAAUACGAGGCGUCCUUACUUAAAGCCGCUGUCAAACAUUGUAUGAUGAAACACGAUAAAGAUGAACAGGGCCGCAUACAUUGUUCCCAGUGCUCUGUGACAGUUGGGACAGCUGACGAACUAACAGAGCAUAUGAAUACGAGCCACACGUUAAAAUGUAAUCAGUGUGGAGAGAAGUUUAAAGGAAAACACACCUUAAGGACACAUUAUGUACGUAUUCAUUCGUCGAACCGCGCGUUCACAUGCGACGUUUGUUCGAAAACGUUCAACACGAAGUCGCGCCUCGAAUCACACAUCACUACUCACAAUAACACACUAGCUAAGAAGCUCGCAUAUUGCUGUGUGUGUAAAGUACAAUAUAAAAAUAUAUAUGUAUAUAGGAACCAUUUGAAGAACAGUGCCAAUCAUUCUGAGAGACUAUACCACUGUAAGGAUUGUAACAAGAGAUUCGCUUCUAAAGUCUACUGGCAAAAACAUUGUGACUUCUAUCACUUGCAUAAGUCAGCAUUCAAGUGUGAUGUUUGUAAUAAGCUCUUCAUGUCAGAUUGGCGGUUAAAGAAUCAUAAACAGAAACACCACGGACUCAGUCGGACUAGAGAUCAUAUUUGUAAUAUAUGCGGUAAGAAAUUCUAUACACUAUCAACGCUCCGAGGUCAUCAAUUGACUCAUUCAGAAGAACGAACUUACAUGUGCGAAGAUUGCGGUGAUACAUUCAAACAAAGGCCAGCCCUGUAUACACACACGAAACUCGUUCAUAGAGGCGUUAAACGAAUAAAAAAUAAUUAA